AUGAGGCGAACAUUCCUGAAGCUGGCUUUGAUUGCCUGCUUCAUUGCCCUAGUUGCAGCGUCGUGGACCAAGGAAGAUCAGGAAAUCUUCCGGUUGCGUGACGAGGUCGAACUCCACGAGGGCGUGGGCGUUACUUUCUAUGAGUUUUUAGGAAUUAAACCAAAUGCGAACCAAGACGACAUUGCCAAGGCUUUCAAGAAGAAGUCCCGCACUCUCCACCCAGACAAGGUCAAGCAGAAGCUCGUUUCCGAUAAAUCCACCGACAAGAAUGGCGUCAAGGUCAAGAGGGCUCCCUCGCAGUCUGAGAUCAGAGCUGCACAAAAAGCUGCCAGCGAUCGCUUUGCGCGUCUAGGUGUUGUCAAGGAGAUUCUCAAGGGGUCUGGUAGAGCUCGUUACGAUCACUUUCUUAGUAACGGCUUCCCUAAAUGGAGAAGCACUGGAUAUUACUAUGCCAGAUAUAGGCCAGGGCUCGGCUCCGUGCUGGUAGGCCUCUUCAUCUUCGUUGGAGGUGGUGGACACUGGCUUGCACUUUUCAUGAGUUGGAAGAGACAACAAGAAUUCGUUGGGCGAUAUAUCAAGUUCGCCAGACAUGCUGCGUGGGGAGAUAGUUUGAACGUCCCUGGCUUGGAUGCCGCUUCUACUCCCAAUGCGACUGGGGAUGAGUCGGACCCGAUGGCUCAACAAAUGAACCGAAGACAGAGAAGAAUGCAAGAGAAGGACACGAAGAAGGACAAGGCAGAGAAGAAGCUUAAGAAGGCUGCCAAGGCAUCACCUGCUGGUACUCCUCCGGUUGGCUCAACUGGCGCGAGAAAGCGUGUUGUUGCUGAGAAUGGUAAAGUUCUUGUUGUGGACUCUGUUGGAAAUGUCUUCCUGGAGCAAGCCGACGAGGACGGUCAAACUCACGAGUUCUUGCUUGACCCUGAGGAACUUGCACGUCCAACUAUCCGAGACACAGCACUCGUCCGUCUCCCAAUCUGGGCUUUCAAUCGUACUGCUGGUCGUUUGUUGAACAAGGCUCCUGUGGAAGAAGACUUUGAUGAUGACGAGGGACAAGCAACUCCACCAUCUAGUAGCUCCGGGGCUGAAGACUUUGAAUUGAUGGAGAAGGUUAAAACUACCGCACAAAACGGAACAGGAAAGGUUGUGAAGAGAAAGAAGUCGACUCGCGGUGGAAAAUAG